UAACACCCGCCAUUUUAGACAAAUUUCAUACUUUGUUAGCCUCCUUGAUCUAAAUGAAAAUAUCGUCUCAUACACUUGGAUCGUCAUUUAAGAACUAACUGAUGGCUGAAGGUCACUGAUUUUGGGAACUAGACUUAUUCCACAAGGUUGAACAGUAUUUAAAGUGACAAUACAAUUGACAUCCUUUAUUUGUGUAUCAGCUUUAGUUGUGAAAUCGGUUUCAAUGUCAGUAAAAAUCAAAUCAUUAAUAUAAUGAUGGUUGAAUACUUGAAUUGUUGGGCAACAGAGAGGCCUUUUUUGAUGUUAAUAGAAGAUUCAUGAUUGUUGAAACGAUCUCCAAGUCAUUUGGGUUUGUCCUAUAUACUGACCUGUCAUAUACGAGGCAAGUACUUAACCAACUGAACUAAAGGACUAACCCACAACUGCUUGCUAAAGCACAGGAAUGGAAGCAAGUAUUGUCAAUAACAUUCCAGAGAUUUCCAUGGUUGAAAAUGCUGCAGACGACAGUUCUGUGUUUUCUACAGGUGAGAGCUUGCCUGUGGUGACAGUGCCAGUUCUUACUUCUGUGGGAGCACCGCAGACUCUAAUUAACCUACCCAUUCUCAGGGAUGGUACAAUACUAGGAGCUGCAGGAACCCAUGGACUGAUCAUUGCUACAAAUGCAGAUGGGACUGGAAUCUUCCUAGAUCCUAGUCAGGUUGCAUUAUUAAAUCAAGGGGUGGCACAUCCUGUGUUUGAUGGAGGAGGAAUGCUGCAGUUUACAACUCAUGAAGAAGCAAUAACAAACUCCACUGAUGUUUUAGAAGAAACAGAACCAGAUCCAGAUGUCUCUGACACUGUUAGGGCAACUGUUGAUUGUCAGUCUGGAAAUAAAUACCCUAAGCAAGUUGCUCUUGAAAUGGAGGAAAUUAGACCUCCAAUUGGAAAGGGUCCAUUCAAGUGUGAAAAAUGUGAUAAGGAGUUUCCCAAAUGGAAUAGAUUACAAAGACAUUUAAAAAAGCAUGCUGAGGACAAACCCCACCGAUGUGAUCAGUGUGAUGCAUCUUUUAAUAUCGAGAGCAAUCUGCAACUUCAUCAGGCUACCCACUGCACCUCUGACCCAACAUGUCCAGAGUGUGGAAAGAAGUUCUCUCGAGUGGCUAGUCUUAAAGCUCAUGUCAUGCUUCAUGAGAAGGAAGAAAACCUUAUUUGUUCUGAAUGUGGAGAUGAAUUUAGUACACAGAUGCAGUUGGACCAACAUACCAAACAUCACAAGGAAGAAGUUGAAGACCGGGUGUACUGCUGUAAACACUGUACCCAGAAGUUUAACAGAGCAUCGAAUUUGAGGGACCAUAUGAAGAUACAUUACAAAAUCAAAGCGUCAUUAGCUCACCGGAACUAUAAAAGAAACAUAGACCGCUCCAUGUUUCCACAUAAAUGUCAUACUUGUAGUAAGCUGUUCCAGAAACCGAGUCAGCUGGUGAGGCAUAUUCGUAUCCACACAGGAGAAAGACCAUAUAAAUGUGACAAGUGUGAUAAAGCUUUUAAUCAGAAAGGAGCACUUCAGAUCCACAUGACAAAACACAGUGGAGAACGACCAUACCAUUGCGAAUUUUGCCCAGCAGCUUUUUCUCAGCGAGGGAAUUUGAGAGCUCACAUUCAGCGAGUACACACGUUCUCCAAAGAUGAAGGAACAUCACUGUAUCAGUGUGACGAAUGUAGCUGUGUUUUUCGAAAACUUGGCAGCCUGAAUGCCCACAUGAGCAGAAUGCAUUCUGGUGAAGUUACUUACAGUGAAAGUCUCCUUUCUGAAAAAGAAAACUCUAAGGAAGAUCAAGAGGAACCAGAGAGAAGAGAUGUAGAUAAGGUUAUCCUACAGCUGCUAGAGCUGUCUCGACAAACCAACAGUGAUCGUGAACACACUCAUCAGCAAAUCCAAGAGAUUGCUCAGAACAGUAAAGUGAGUGCUGACAUCUUGCAGCAAGCAUUGGAAGACAGUGGUGUAGCAGUGAUUGGUUUAAAAAGUGAUGGUACUGCAGUGACAUCUGGUGAGCAGGAAACAAAGAAAACAAAUGAGGCCAAAGACAAAAUAAAUGAGGAUGGUGAAGUAAGUAGCUCAAAAAGAUGCAUGGCUCUUGUAAUGAGUGUGGCUGAUACGGCUACCGGAAUCUUAAAAAAACACGUAAUUCGCAAGGUAGGAGGAGUGCGAUGGCAUCAGUGCAUGUAUUGUAGUAAAGAAUUUAAAAAGCCCAGUGAUCUUGUGAGACACAUUCGUAUUCAUACCCAAGAAAAACCUUAUAAAUGUAGUCAUUGCUUCCGUGCCUUUGCUGUAAAAAGUACACUUACUGCUCAUCUUCGUACACAUACAGGUGUGAAGGAGUUUUUAUGUGAGGUAUGUGACAAUUACUUUGCUACAGCUGGCAGCUUGAGAGUUCACUUGAGAUUACAUACAGGAGCUAAACCAUUCAAUUGUCCACACUGUCACAAAAAGUUUCGAACAUCUGGUCACAGGAAGAGUCACAUACUAUCCCAUUUUAGAACUAGCUCUCAACGAAAAUCUAGGCGUGUGUCUAAAACCCAGUCAAAAACCACUGAUCAAUUUCAAGACAUUCCAUUACAAGAACCCAUUUUCAUUACAGACAGUGGGUUUAUCCAACAACCCUCUAGGGCCUAUUCAGAACCAGAAGGAAACUCAGUUGAUAGGCCUUAUAAAUGUGAAGUGUGCACAAGAGGUUUCAAAAAGUCAAGCCACUUGAAGCAGCACAUCCGGUCACAUACCGGGGAAAAACCAUACAAAUGUUUACAGUGUAAGCGAUCCUUUGUGUCCAGUGGAGUUUUAAAGUACCACAUAAGAUCCCAUUCUGGGGUGAAGGCUUUCAGAUGUGAGAUAUGUAAUGCAACUUUCACAACCAAUGGAUCCCUGAAACGUCACAUGUGCAUUCACAGUGAUGUGAGACCUUUCAUGUGUCCCUAUUGUCAGAAGACUUUUAAAACAUCUGUAAACUGUAGAAAGCAUAUGAAGAUUCACCGACAAGAGCUUGCACAAGGAGAUAUCUCUGCUGUCACACUGGCUGUGGUGUCAGAAAAUGGAGGUGGAUUAGAGUGUACAGAAGAGGGGCAUGGCGUUAUAACAACAAAUGUCAGUAACCUGACAACAAUCACUACAGCUGAAGGCCAAACAGCAGCUGGUCUGAUACAACAAUCUCUAGCUCCUGAAGUACCACUUGAAGUUCACGACUUUACACAGGUUUUUGAAAAUCAACAAGGCUUAACAACAACUGACCUGGACCGUUCACAGACUCCAGGAUUAGACCAAGCUCAGAAUUCCCUCUUCUCUCAAACAUUUGGGGAACUCUCUACCACUGGUUUUACACAAAAUCAGUUUUCAUUGCAGACUGAUGCUCUUGAUGUUGGAGCUCUAGGCACCAGCUUUGUUACUACAGCCUCGGCUCUAGGCCCAGAGCCUCUGGCUACCACAAGCAUGGUAAGUGUGUUGUCAGAUGCUGUUAACCAAGAAGACUCUGAGGAACCUACAAGUACAAAUGACCCAAGUCUGUUGUCACUGGAUCCUGCCACCUUAGAUAAUGAAGUUGUUUCUGAAGGAGGUGGAACAGAAGCUAACUCCAAGGAUGGAUCUAGAGGGUUUCGCUGCACUUAUAUGUACUGUAAUAAAGCUUUCAAAAAGUCUAGCCAUCUGAAGCAACAUAUCCGUAGUCACACUGGAGAGAAGCCAUUCCGAUGUUCCCACUGUGCUGGAAUGUUUGCUUCCAUGGGAAGUCUAAAAGCCCACAUUCGAACCCACUCUGGUGUUCGGGACUUCAAAUGUGAUGUUUGUAAUGCAGCGUUCACCACUAACGGAUCUCUUACCCGACACAUGACUGUUCACAGUGAUGGUCAUUCUCAUCGCUGUCCAUACUGUUCAGUGACCUUUGUCACUCCAGGCCCUCUACGAAAGCAUUUAAAGAUUCACCAAGUGGACACAGAAGAUGGGGAUGAAAAUCCAUCGAAGGUGAAGAAGUCACGCAGUACUGUGAUAAGAUUGUCAGAUGAACAAGUUGAAGCUGUGGCCCAGCAAAACCCUGAUGAAUUGAAUUCUGUCUCGGAAAAAGUUUUUGUCGCAUCUGCAGCUGAGAAGAACCGCAUCAGUGAAAUCAAGGAUAAGAAUGAAGUGCUGAAAAAUCUCCCCAAGUAUCAAAAUCAGUGUAAAGACUGCCCAAAAAGCUUUAAAAAACUCAGUGAUCUCAUACGUCAUAUUCGCACUCAUACUGGAGAAAAACCUUUCUGCUGUGGCUUGUGUGGCAGAAGUUUUACUGUAAAGUCUACACUUGACAGUCACAUGAAGACCCAUCAGGGUGGCAAGCGUUUCCGUUGUCAUGUGUGUAACUCUUAUUUUGCCACAAAGGGAAGUUUAAAAGUUCACAUGAGAAUACAUACAGGAGCAAAGCCAUUCCAGUGUCCCCACUGUGAGCUGCGUUUUCGAACGUCAGGACAUAGGAAGAGUCACAUUGCUAGUCACUUUAAAGUUCAAAACCAUCGUAGACAGAAAGCUGUAGAAACUGGAGAUGAUAAUGAGUUGUCUACGUACCUGCUUUCCACCAACAUGCCAGAAACCAACCAACAAGAUGAACAUCCCACAAACAUAAGCCUAUCCACAGAAGACCUGGGGAACCUUGCUGUUGGAAUGAAUGCAGAGGUUGUCCAAGGGGUUGACGGUAUUCAGUUACAGCUAACUCCAAACAUUUUAGGUCACCAAAGCAUACAGAUCACUGGACUCGAUCCAGCUUUGCUGUCUCAGACUGUACAAAUAGAUGCUAGUCUUUUUCAGCAGCUGCAACAACAAGGUAAUGUAAACAUUGCCAUCAGUCCACACUUAUUGACCCAGUCACUUGGUGUUUCUGAUUCAGCAGCUGACGCAACAUUAUUAACUGAUCCUACUGCAUCGGGAACUAUCACAGUGAACCCUAAUGUCAUAAUUCAGCCUAUGACUAGCUUUGUGUCUCAGGAACAGUGUCUCACAACAGAUCAAUGUAACACCUCUAUGUCAGUUUCCAGUAGUGGGGGCUUGACGAGAAAUGACAUAUCUCUUGGGGCUUCAUCUGUUGCUGACAACAGUGGAAAUGAAGAUCAGGAAAUUGGUGAGACUAGUGAGAUUGAUCUUGAGGAAGAUGAUGAAGAAAUAUCUCGGACAGCUGAGUUGAACCUUGCUAAUGAGGUAAAUGUUACAGACAGUGGUGUUAACAUAGGUGAAACAUUAGUUAGCUUAACCGACAGUUCCAGUCUUGUUGCUGGAGGUGUUCAACUUCUCAACAUCAGUCCUACUGAGGACGACCCUGAGCGGACUCACGUGUGCCCUGAGUGUCAGAAACCUUUUAAACGAGCUAGCCAUCUUAAGGAUCAUAGGCUGACUCAUAAUCCUCAAGCUAACAGAACUAGGGUCACUCCUCACCAAUGUGAGCAGUGUGAGAAGGCCUUUGCUAAACCCAGCCAGCUACAACGCCACCAAAGGAUUCAUACAGGAGAAAGACCAUUUGUGUGUGAAAAGUGCAAAAAAGCUUUUAACCAGAAGAAUGCCCUGCAUAUACAUAUGAUUAAACAUACAGGGGAAAGGCCAUUUAAGUGUCCUUUGUGUCCAAUGGGCUUCACGCAAAAGGGUAAUCUCAAAGUUCAUGUAAAACGUACACAUGGUGACAGUCCAGAAAACUUCCAAACGCUUCGUCAGGAGCUAUCUCUAUCCUACAAGUUCACUAAUCCAGUUUCAACCCAUGUUUGUUAACCCAUGGUAAGGAUUAAGGACUUAUGUAGUCAAGAUUGAAAACAACCUGUAUAUUCUGAGUGUUCAAAGUAAUGUUCCAGCUCCUUACUACAGUAUUUUCUUCCAAGCAAAACUUGUGUAUAAAGAAACAGGGUACGACUUUUGGUUCAACGGUGUAGCGUUGGUCAGUUGUUGAUGUAAAUAGAUUCCAGUUUUGUAAAAUAAAACCUUUUUACUUUUUCUUAUUGUUAAUAAAUCAUUUCACUUUCU